AUGAAUAAACAUGAAUCCUCUACAAAAGAGACCACUCUUAUUAAAGAUGAAAAUAAAAAGGUCUUAUCAUUGGCUGAUUGCUCUGAUAGAAAGAAAGUUUUUAUAAAAGAGAGAACAUACAAUUUUAAAACAUUAGUUAAUUAUUUCAAUGAAAUUAUUGCAAAAAAUCAAAGGAUGGAAAUGAGAUUAAAUGUAAUUAAUCAAAUAAAAGCUCAAAAUUUAAGAAAAGUUUAUCAAAAAAAUAAUAAAACUGGUCGUAUUUUAUUUUAA